UUAAGUUUAUUUUAGCAGUAAGUGGAUAAAGCAUUCAGAGCUCUGGGUCUCGACCUUUCUGUCCCUGACAAACUAUAUAGUGUGUCAGUUCACGAAGUCUGACCCCUAUCCUGCCCCUGACCCAGUCUUUUAUACAGUACAAAAUGUCAUGUAAUCAUAGAACAUUGUGCAAGCAUUGAGGUGUGGUUGUCUUCUUGAUUGACUGUUGACCUGACUCCAUUCUCCACCUUCUCGCGUUCCCGAAUAUCUGACCCCAUGUAACCUCUUUCUGCAGGAGGUGGUGCGAAAUAGUUGUUGUUUUUUUACCACAGCUUAAAACAUGUCCUGCAUCUGCACUCACAGGGCGGCAACAACCCCCGCUGUCUGCCUCACUCUCCCAGCCGCUACCAAGGCCGCCAGUACACACUGCUAUUUAUUAAAAGUCAUUCCUAUUGUGUGUUUACAUCAGCUUAUCUUUACAACUCAGAUGUACUCAGUACUUUUCCACUGUCUGUUCGUACAUACAAGGGUUACACUACACACUGUGCUAGUUAAUGGUUAAGUAUAACAUUAUAUCAUUAAAAGCUUCUGAAUGCCUCAAACUAAGCCAUAUAUUUACAUGUCUCAGGCUAUCACCACUGAACUGUGUCAGUUAUUGGAGCAGCACAAAAGAUCAGAAGGACUCGAGUGUCUAUCAAGGUUACAGCUUUGCUGAAUAUUUAUCCCAGCAGCUAUUUUCCAGGAGCAUGCCUUCAUGUUAAGGUGGUGGGUUGAAUAGGGAAAGGUCAGAAUUAAAACUAAAGUGUUAAAUUUAAGUAGAUUAAAUUCACAAGGAUUUACAUUAAUUGACCAUUAAUUGGACUGAAUCAAUUCCAUUUCAGAAAAGAGCUAUUACACUUCAUCAGAAAACAUCAAGUGGCUUAUCAAUACCAAUGAGUAACAAACUGACCAGCUUCCAAAAUGCUGUGCAUGCUACAUUAUCCACUUACCCUUUCAUUUGGGCUUUUGCACCUAUGCCUGAAGAAAAUAUAUUUUCUUCACCUGUUCAAAUCUCAUGUUCAACCAACACUUUCUACCAGGAAUCCAUCCAGUUGACGUUUGAAAUGACUUGCCUGACUCAUGAUGACAGCAGUAAAAAUAAUGCUUCAUUGAUUGAAUUGUUUGAUGGAACUCACUUUGUGAAGAUGGUUAAAAUUUCCACUGGGAACUGCACCGAUGAAGCUGAGCUCUUGCUGUUGAGUCUAAAAGGACAACAGUCUGAGAAGGACGAUAUCCUUGAAGCUGUGCCUGCAGUCACCGAAGAUACAAUCAUUUGCUUGGUGAUAGGUCCUUACCCAAAAAUUGCCAAGGUGAGUUUUCAGACGGCAUGCCUUGAUCUCCAAAACAUCACCAGAAACAAUUCCUUUUCGGCAUUAAAUUCUGAAGGAACCCACAACAUCACAAUAAAUGUGAAAAUUUCCUCCAAGGACUGUAAAAACAGCAACAGCUGGCUCAAAUCAGAUGAUGAAACAAUAAUGGAAACAGAGCUGGAUCUUGUUGAACUGACCUUGGAUGAGGCAAAUCAACAAAAUUUAAAUAGAAAUAAAAUUCUGACUGAAGACUUCAUGAAAGCUGAUUUCCAAAGUCAAGUAGAAAUAUUAGAGAAACAAGUUGAAAUAGUGGACUUUGCUUCAAAUAUAGAAGCAUCUCUUCAGUUAAUUCAGCCCGCUGCCUCUAUAGCCAAUUUUAUUUUUUCUUUUAUUUUUCCAAGCAAUUUGAUUUUAAUCACAAAUCUAAUGCAAUUAAGGUUAAGUCAGAUCAAUAGUAAAUUGGACAAAUUGCUAAGUAAUUUAAACCAUAUGGAAACUAGAAUCAAAUCUUCGAUAGUAGGUAAUACAUUCAUCUCAACCUACAUGGAUUGGGAGUAUGCCAUUAGGAAUGGAGCGGUGAAACUGAGAGAUAUCAGACAUCAGAUGGGACUAACACAAGACAAGAGGCGGCAGAGGAACCUUGCUCUAGAUUACAUAACAUACUACAACAACAAUCAAAUAGAAGGAAACAUAAUGAACUUGCACCGUGUCUCAGUUACAGCAAACAAUCCAACCAACCGAAACCUGUUUGAUCUCUUUAUUGAACACCAAUCUUGUGAUGUCACCCAAUUAUCAGGCCUAAUGAUCAUUCUUAAAAACCUGAUGACAAGUGCUGCCCAGCAGACCAUGACAUACUAUUACUUCAAGGGUGAGAAAACUCGCAGCAAGAGCUGGUACAGCAACAAAAUGAAGUUUGCCAUCAGUGCCAUUUUGCUGUUGAGUUGUAUGGUCCUGGGUACAAGAGCAGGUGAGUCUGCCAUUACAUUCACAGGUGAGAGCAUUAGAGAAUUUCAAGGUUAUUUCUCAACUGUGUUGUUUAUUUCAAAAUUCCCUCCAGUUUUGAGAAGGAUGAAUCCUUGAGAUUUUGACAGAAAAGUUCCUUGAGGUUUGGAAACUAGAACAUAGAAAUCAGAUCAUGGCACUUGAAAAGUACAUGCACAGGAAUGGGCCCUUCCGCCCACCAUGUCUGUGCCAACCAUGAUUCAAUUCAAAACUAAUUCCAUCUGCCUGCACAUGGGUCUGUAUCCCUCUAUUCCCUGUCUGCCUUUUAAACAUUGCAAUCAUACCCACUUCUCCCAUCUCCAGUGGCACUGCACUCCAUGCACCUGCCAUCCUCUGUGUAAAAGAUUUGCCUUGCAAUCUCUUUCCCCUCUCACCUUAGACCUAAGACUCCAAUUAUCCACCAUAUCCAUCCCUCUCAAUUUUAUAUACUUGUAACAGGUCCCUCAGCUUCUGAUGCUCUAGUGAAAACAAUCUCUGCUUGUCCAACUUCUUCUUUUAGCUAAUAUACGCCAAUCCGGGCAACAUCCUGGUAAACUUAUUUUGUACCCUCUACAAGGCCUCCACAUCCUUCCUAUUGUGUGGUAACCAGAACUGCACACAAUACUCCAAAUGUGGCUUAGCUGAAGUUUCUUACCGUCUGAACUUGACUGGUUGAUUUUUAUACUCAAUGCCUAAAACAAUGAAGGCAAGCAUGCUGAAGGCCUUCUUUAUCACCUUACCCACUUGUCUCGCCACUUUCACAGAGCUCAGAACUUGUACUCCAAGAUCCUUCUGUACAUCAAUGCUCCUGGAGGUCUCACAUGAAUUAUAUACCUUCCUCUUGCAUUUGACCUCCCAAAAUGCAUCACCUCAUGCUUCUCUUGGUUAAACUCUGGUAUUUCUCCACCCAACUUUCCAAUUGUUCUAUAUCCUGCUCUAUCUUUUGAUAACCUUCCCCACUAUCUGGAACUCCAAUUUUUGAGUCAUCUGCAAAUUUACUAAUCAGAUUUUCAUCAAAAUUAUGUAUAUAAAUUACAGAGAUCCCAGCAUUGAUCCUUGCGGAACACUACA